AUGGGAGAAGCGUACGAGACAGUCAAACCCCCCAAGGGGCAUUUCUACCUAGCAGGGCGACUAUUUCCACGGGUGAAAUGGUGGAAACUACCCAACAUGCGAAUCCUGUACUUUUAUAUUUUAGUACUGAUCGCAACGAAUACAGCCAAUGGAUUCGACAAUUCCAUGAUGAACGGCCUCCAGGCAUUGUCCUACUGGCAGGACUACUUCCACCACCCUAAAGGGCCAACACUGGGUCUGUUCAACUGUGUUAUGAGCGUGGGUGCGCUGGCUGGCUUGUUAAUCUUGCCCUACAUGCUGGAUCGUCUUGGCCGUAAGAUAUGCCUGGUCUUUGGCUCUUUCUUCAUGUUGCUCGGUGUGGCCUUACAAUCAGGCUCCAUCAACUUCUCUAUGUUCGUCGGCGCUCGAUUCAUUCUCGGAUUUGGCGAUAUUAUUGUGAUUUGUACUGCUCCGCUCCUUAUCACCGAGAUUGCACCCGCACAAGACCGGGCAAUCCUGGUCACCAUUGCAGGCGCCACAUAUCAUUCUGGAGCCUUUAUCGCGGCAUGGACUACAUACGGAACACUGAAGAUCAAGAGUGAAUGGUCAUGGAGAGCUCCAAGCUUAAUCCAAGGGUUGUUCACAUUGAUGAUGCUGGCAGUUGUGUGGUGGAUACCGGAGAGUCCGCGGUAUUAUAUCUCCAAAGACAAACCAGAGAAAGCGCUGCAUAUAUUGGCCCAUUACCAUGCCGAAGGGGACGAGACCGAUGAGAUUGUACGGCUCGAGUUCACGGAAAUCAACACGGCGAUCACGAUGGAGAAGAAUGCUGACCAUUCCGGCUCUUACGUCGAUUUUUUGCGAACUCCAGGAAACCGCAGGCGACUGCUCAUUAUUAUAACCUUUGGGCUGUUUGCCCAAUGGUCUGGCAACGGGUUGGUGUCAUACUAUUUGAACAUGAUCAUGGAUAGCAUUGGGAUCAAGGACCCGAACCAGCAAUUGUUAAUUAAUGGGGCUUUGACUUCUUUCAAUCUCGCCACCAACCUUUUCUUCAGUUUCUUUGUGGACAAAUGGGGGCGUCGUCCAAUUAUGAUCACCAGCUCCGCUGGCAUGCUAGUUGCCUUUAUAGCAUGGACAGUCCUAUCGGCGAGGUAUGAUCAGCAUGAAAGCUCAGCCCUUGGGUCCGGAGUACUGGGGAUGAUUUUUAUAUAUUAUUUCUUCUACAACCUGAAGUCGGGUUUGAUUGCGAGUUAUACCACGGAGAUUCUUCCAUAUUCAAUGCGCGCCAAGGGAUACACAAUCAUGGAGUUUGCCAUGUAUAUCGCGCUAUUUUUCAACCAGUAUGUGAAUCCGAUCGCGCUUGAGAAUAUUCACUGGCGCUAUUACAUUUUCUACUGCUGUUUCUUGGCGGCGGAGAUUGUGGUCAUCUGGUUGUUUUACGUUGAGACACGUUACAUGCCCCUGGAGGAGAUAACUAAAAUUUUCGACGGGGAUGACAUUGCAACAGCUACAAAUUUGGAGUUGGAGAAGAUCGGAGAGAAUAGCAAAGGUAUGAGCACAGGAAUUGAAAUUGAGGAGACUGGUGUUUGA